AUGGCCGAAAACCCUACACAAGACUCCAUCACCAUGGCUCAGCUGAAGCAGUUUGUGAGCACCCUGCCCUCCAAACAGAAACAAGAGCCUGUGGUCUUUCGAUAUGGAGACAUGGACACACUCCAAGCGGAGAUUGACGAAUUCUUUAGUUACUCUGAAGUCGAACAGUUUCACAAACACCAAGAAAACUUCCACAAGGAAUACGACGGCGAUUGGCAGACGAGCGUUGUCUCUGAACGCGAAGCGUAUGCCGAGUACCUCCUGAACUUUUUGGAUCAGAAAAAUGACGCCAGUCGACUCUCUUUCGCUCACCAACUUAUCUAUCUUGCUCAGGGCGCGUAUGCAGGAGUGUCCAGCGAGGAGGAGCAUUUGAAGUGGAUCAUCACCAACAAUGAGAUGCUCAGGAAACUCGGAGCCUUUCAGGCCUACUAUGACGCGCUUAGGAAUGCAUGCGCAAAGCUCUCCGAGGAUCCAGGAGCUACUGCUGAGAUUGAGGUGUUAGUGACUCUGCUCUACAUGCUCGUAGUUUCACACGAGGGCGACCAUGAGUUCAUGGAUGAACUUGCUGCAACGAACCCAUCCUUGACUGUGUUCCUAUACGAUCAGAUAUGCGUUCGCCCUGCCAAAGAUCAAUUUUAUCCGCUGAAGAAGUUGACGCUGUUACUGUGGAAGGUGCUCAGGAUGACUUUAGGUGGGUCAGGCGACUUUAAUCUGCUCAAGGGCAUUGCUCGAAGAAUGCUGGGCAACCCAGCUCAAAUCUCUGCCCAGUUCAACCAGAAAUCGGACCCGAUGGAUUAUUUGGUCUACCAGUCCGAGAUGAGUCAAAAGUACCCGGCCUAUAUACCCACCAACACGUCCUACAGUGCCGGAUGUCCUACGAUUCCAAUUGCUACACUUGCGACGGUCCUCCAGGCCAAGACCCCUACAGCAGCAGGUGGAGCUGGAUCCACAAAUGGAUCCAUCUCAAAGACAUUAUCGGGAAACGGCAAGAAUAGCAAGGGUCAGAACGGAGGUAUGGGCAAUGGCAACUCAGGAACGCAGCCCUUCAUCUUUCCUUCCUCGUCCAUGAACAGCUCCACGCCGCGUUCCAUUCUGGAAGCAGAAGAGCUGUUCAAGAAGAACAUGUACAUAUCCACGGCGACUCUGCAGGUUUUUCAUGAGAAGAAGCUGAUGACCGACAGGAGAUACCGUUCCAAAAACGAUGCUGAGGACCAGGACUCGGGACGAGCCUUAGAGAACAGGCAACCAGCAUCUAUUCGAAACAAGGUCCGACCUCGAAGAAGGAGUCUUGCGCGUCGAUUCAGCGGAAAUGGAAACCAGGGCGACGAUGAAGCGGAUGAUGCGAGUGAGGAUGACUACGAGUCGGAUGAUGACAGGCGCAGGAGUAGCAUCGAGGUCCCAGCUGUCGGAAAAGAGGCCAUCAAGGUGACCGACAGGGAGCGCGAGCGCAUUGAGCGCAUUGAGCACAUCUAUCGCGAGAUUGUGCCGAGGAUGGCUCAGAUUCAAGUCACACUGCUCAAGACGUUACUGGUGUGUGUCAAGGUCAGCAGCCCGUCUACCACCAAAGAAGCAACCAAAGAGGAUCAGGAUGCCAAGGAACCAGUGGAUGCGUUCACCAGGGUAAACGACAUUCGGGAGCACGAGAUUAUGGCCAAGGCAGUCUCCAGCAUCCUUCUCCUCCAGUUGCAACACUUCAAGAUCUAUCACAUUUUGGCCUUCAAUUAUGUCUGUCAGCUUCUGGUCGACUCGAACUGCCUGUUGCUCUUGCUCAAGAUCUUUGGCAACGCCGAGAACCCAGGCAACAUCCACACCAAGAACGAAGUCGAAGAGUUCAGCUUUUUCAAGACCACCCAGAUCUUCCGCCAGACGAGAUCUGAAGCUGACCCGGAGAAGGCUCGAAUUGCGAUCCUCAAGGAUGCGGCUGCGGAUAUCGGCGAUCCGAUUCCUGCAAACUAUGUUUGCCGUCGGAACAUGUUUGCGAUCAUUAAUUUACUCCGCGUCCUCCAGAAGCUGACCAAGCACAAAACCCAUCGCAUCCUCCUCCUGGUCCAGUACAAGUCCUCGGCGAUCUUGAAACGGCUUCUGAAGAUUAACCAUCCUGAUCUCCAAAAGUAUGUUUACAAGGCGCUCAAGAGCCAGGUCCCUUUCCUUGGUCGCAAGUGGCGGUCGUCGCAUAUGAAGGUCAUCACGGGGAUCUAUGUCUUUUGUCGAUCCAACCUGCGUGAUGAUUGGAUCUCCGGGGCUGAUGUCGAGAAGGACCUGGAGGAUGCCCUUCCUGCGGAGCAGCAGCUGCGGAACAUGAUUCGACAUUACCAUGACCGUGUGCAUCUGAAUGCGCUGGUCCCUGAUCCGGCUGCGCAGUCCAAGACAGGGAAGACUGGAGGCGGUCAGCAGUACUCGGGUCCGAAAUACGACUGGCAGGAGAUGUAUGAGGCCCAUGCGUCGAUUCCUGAAGUCGGCCAUAUGGAUCACAGUGGCGGUCAUGGUCACCACCACCACAGCAGCAGCAGCAGCGGCGGAUCAAAGUCGGAGAGUGAGGAGAGUGUAAAGAGUCAUCAUAGCAGCCGGAGUCACAAUAGCAGCUCUAGUUCUUCGCAUGGAGAGCGAAAACGGGAUCUGACGCUGAGCGAUAUUGAGCUGGAUGUUGGGUUUGAGGAAAACUAUGAGGAGUGGCUGGAGGUCGAGGUGUUUGGCAAGAAACCAAGGUCAACGUUACUUGAGGCACCGUCGUUCAAGUACAGCGAUUUCUACUUUGACGACUCUAUUGAUGUGCCUUUCUUGGCCUCACCUGGAGACGGAUCUGGAUGGGACACACCUGCAGUGCUGCCAUCGGACGAUGAGGAGGGGUACAUGGGGGCAUUCAGUCUGCAUCGAUGGGAGGACGAGGAGCUGUUCAAGCAGAUCAAUUGGACGCCUAACCUUCACAGUUCGGAUGCUUCAGUCGAGCAGCAGUUUUAUCUGGACGAGGUUUCGGAGAUGGCCAACAGCAAGGUGUAUUAUGGACCGGGAACCAGCGCUGUUGAUGCCGACACGGGUGUGGACAUGUCGUCGACCACGCAGGGAGGAUAUGACAGCAGCCGAGGAGGUAGUUAUGGACCAGGCGGCAGUGGUGGAUCUGGAAGCGGCAGCGGAUCUGGAUUACGACACCAUCAGCGUCCUCGACCGUUGAGGGUUCGGAAAUCGGAUAUGGGCACAGAAUGGAUUGAGGAGGGCGAAGGCGAUUCCGCCAUGCAUGCCUAUGGUCCUCCCAUGCAGGACCAACCUGCCGCCCCCGAGCCUUAA